AUGCGUUUCUUCUUGCAAAAUAAAAUUUGUGAGACUAUUAAACUUGGGGAGAAAAUAAUAGCAUUUGGAGGAGCUCUCUAUGCCUUAAAAGAUCUUAAUGUGUGUUCCUCUGGUAUUAGUGCUCAGGGCCUUUUUCAUGCUCACUCGGAAUACAACAAUGUAAUCUCUCCGAAUAAAAAACCCCAUGAUUUUUGCAACCUCGAAUCUAUAGCCAGAGCCUCACUGAGAAAAGCGGUGGAUUUGCAGUUAACUGAGCUGAGUGUUGCUGUGUGCAUUUGAUUUUUUGCUGCCUGGAGCCCUUAUGCCAUCAUUGCCAUGUGGGCAGCUUUUGGAUCAAUAGAUGAGAUUCCUCCAUUAGCCUUUGCUGUGCCAGCUGUCUUUGCGAAGUCCUCCACACUCUAUAAUCCAGUUAUCUAUCUCCUCCUGAAGCCCAGUUUCUGAAACACCAUCGCCAAAGAUUUCAUAGUUCUUCAACAGUUAUGCAUCAGGAAUUAUUUUUGUGUCAAGGCACUGCAGAACUGCAGAUCAACUUUGAACACCAGCCUGAGAGCAUGGAAGGGUAAAAAUUAAUCUAGCUGUAAUUCUCUGCCAGUUGUGGAAGAAUGUUCUUAUUUCCCCUGUGAAAAGUGCAGUGGUACUUUCAAAUGCUUUCAAAGCUAUCCAAAAUGCUGCCAGGAGGAGAGGCUAAGCGCUGUGGAAUGCUCUCCUCAAGAAACAAUGUCCUUGGAGAGCAACUUCCAAGCAAAAGUGAGACAGGGCAGUAAGAAGUCAGUAAAGGUGGUUGCGCAGGGAGCAAAAAGCACUGGAGUGGAUACCUUGGAAAUCACUGUGGAAGCAGUACCUGUGCAUUGUACAUUUACAGACCUCUAG